GCAGAUCCUCGACAGUCUAAAAGUUCUCACUUGCGGCGUUUGGAGGACCUGUUGCCAGCUGCUCUCAAUAACACGAGAUAAAUAACCAACCCGGUGUCCAUAAACUGCUUCAGUCGUUAAACCGUCCAAAGUUUCCGCAGCUUCUCAUCGACUUUCUGUUCGCCUGCUGCACUGUCAUCCACUGCUGAUGUUGUGAGUAAUGGUCUUUCACGAGAGCAGAAUGCGCCAGAUUCCUUGAAGACAAACUAAAGGCCUUGGAUGAUACCUGAUCUUUAUUGAAUCUCGAGACGUACACCUGGGGCCAUGGCUUUUAUUGUAAGGGCAGAAGGAACUCUAGUAAGGAUUACAUUUCUCUUUCUUUACCUGAGUGUGGGCUCCUGCCAGCGUGACUGCACAGGCGUGGACUGUCCUCAGCUGGAGAACUGCAUCGAGGAAGGGCUGGAGAGUGGCGCCUGUUGCGCUUCGUGCCUACAGAAGGGGUGCACAUGUGAGGGGUACCAGUACUACGAUUGCGUCAACGCUGGAUUCAAGAACGGCAAGGUGCCAGACGGGGACUCUUACUUCGUCGACUACGGCAGCACGGAGUGUUCCUGCCCUGCCGGAGGAGGACGGAUCAGCUGCAACUUCAUCAGCUGUCCCGACCUGCCACCGAACUGCAUCGAGGUUUCAGAGCCCAUGGACAGCUGCAUGCAGUGCGAACGCGUCGGAUGCGUCCAGGAUGGCCAGAAAUACGACGCGGGACACUCGUUCCACAUUGACGCGUGCCAGGUCUGCCACUGCCCCACCGAAGGGGGGAAUCUUAUGUGCUACCCUGUGCCGGACUGUGACCCACAAAAGGUCAAAAACACGAUGUUGGCUGCAUCCAGAGAGGGGGCCACACCGGACAGGCACAACAGUUACUCCCUAAAUUUAGAGCCACAAAAGCACAUGGAUAAAAUCUCCACUCCUCAUCAGCUUCCUAUGAACGCGACUCUUCCUCUUUUUAAAGAGCUGCCUCUGUACAAAGAGGAUCCAGAAGAUUAUGAUUACGGUCCUAUAGAAUCUCCAGAGAACUACCAUCAAUCUCUGGUCUUCUCCACCCAGCCCCCCUCCUCCAACAAAGUCCCCUCUGUGUCCCGGGGCUCUGACAGACCUGACAGAACGGCGGCUCUUCAGGGCUUUGACAGACAGAACAAGCUGGAGCUGAGAGAGAGAUACGGAGUUCACCAUCCCGAGGACAGAGGGGAAGUGACAGAAAGUCCCCCGAGAGGAGAGCCGAGUACUGUCAGACCUCAUAUGCACACGGGCGCUACCACUUCAUGGCAGCCAUCACAGGGUCUAGACAGCGCGCAGAGUGAAACAUUCAGUGAUCUUAGUGCACAGACGGAUGUGGAGAAUCCACUGCACGGACUAAAAAGUUCAGACAGAAUCAUGUAUCGACCACACCCAGAUUUAAGAAGUGAAAUGCACCCAGAGGAUCUACAUAGGAGUUCAGAGAGAGCAGUUCAACAGAGAGUCACUGAGACAUAUAACCUGAAGACAUCUGAUGGUGUGACGGCCGAUGGUUCAAAGAAUCAGACCAAUGUAAGUCAAACCAAUCAGCAGAGACAAUCAGAUAGAGAGCAAGAGAGUCUGAGCCACCACCAAGCAAGUUCAAAUGGUCAGAAAGAAUCACUGAUGACAGUCACAUCAGACAUAGAGGAACGGGUGGAGGAAGAACAGAUGGAAGAGGAGGAGGAGGAGGAGGAAGAAGUAGUAACAUUUCAUAGUGUCACUGGGCCUGAAGGAAGAGAUGUGGCCUCCGAGCUUGAGCCAACGCAGCGGGGGGGAAUCAACGAGGAGCCAGAGAGCAGUGAUCCAACCAGCAGCUACCAAAAGACAACACCUGAGCCCAGCACCAGCUCCCCCGGGAGGACAGAGUACCUGACAACUCCUGUGGUCCGAUUCAUUACCACCACCACCGCCGCCGCCACCCAGAGACCGCAAAGGUUCAAGCUGGACGAGCACGAACCCAGCGGAAAGUCAGGUCAGAGGAUGUUUAACCUUCACAGUGAAGACGAGGAAAAGGUGACGGGGGAAGAUGAAGAGAGAAAAGAUCGCCCAGUGGUGCUCAUCGAACCUGAUGGGGGUCCAGGCGUCUCUGCUGAAGACCUGCUGCAGAGCUGCUGUGCUGCAGGCCAGAGAUGGGCCUCAGAAAAUCACCACUGCAACAACAUGCCAAUUCUGAACAACGAUAAGCAAUCCCUGUGCAGUGUUGCAGAGAAGCAGUGCUGCCUCAGCUCUGUGAGAGAGAGCCGCUGUGAAAUCGGCGUGAUGUCAGCCAGAGGAGGUGACACAUGUGAAGUGAAUGAGGAGGAGCAGUGCACAGAUGACACCUAUCAGGUGUGCUGCAGCUGCUGUGCCCUCGGUUUAAGGCUUCGCGCUGAAGGGCGGGGCUGCGACGCGCACCAGUACCUGGGCUACCCGUGUGGUCACGUAUUCCUCACCUGCUGCGAGGAGGGGGAAAGUUCGCUCCAGAUCCAGCUGAGGAGAAAGCAGAUGCCCAGACCCACUGCUUUGCCUAGAAAAGUCACUGACAGCAAGUUCCCCAAGGAAGCCUUCUCCAUCAGUGCCACAGAUGAAGCUGCCAACACGGUGGAGGAGCAGGAGGACGUGGAUGAGUGUCAGCUCUACGCGGGCCAGCUGUGCCAGCACACAUGCACCAACAUCUGGGGCUCCUACCGCUGUGAAUGUCAUCAGGGCUACAUCCUGCAGCAGGACGGACACUCCUGUGCACCAGUGAGUCCUGAUGAGGACAAUAGAGUCAGAGAGGAGCCUGCUGUGGUCCCAACACAAAGUACAACAACCAGUACAACCACCACCAGCCCGCCACGUGCCCGCUUCAAUCCUUGUGCAGAAAAUGGUCCUUGCAGUCAACAUUGUACGGCGGUGGCAGGCCGGGCUCGCUGCUCCUGCUUCCCAGGCUUCUCUCUGAUGAUGGACAGACACACGUGUGAAGAUGUGGACGAGUGUGUGACUAACACCCACAGUUGUCGUCCCAGCGAGCACUGUGUGAACACAGUGGGAUCAUUUGUAUGCGAGCUGCGGGUCACUUGUCCUGCAGGAUACCAGCUGAGGAACAGUGUUUGUGAGGACAUCGAUGAAUGUGUGCUGCGCACCCACAACUGUAGAAUGGGCUUUGUGUGCAAGAACACCAUGGGCUCUUUCCUGUGUAAUCCCAAGCAGAAGUGCAUGAGCGGCUUCACACAGGACUCUCACAGCAACUGCAUCGACAUAAAUGAGUGCAGCAGCCUGAGUGAGCCAUGCAGCUCCGGCUCUCACUGCAUCAACACAGUGGGCUCCUACACCUGCCAGCAGAAGACCAUAAUGUGCAGCCCCGGCUACCACGCCAGCCCAGAUGGAUCCAAGUGUGUUGACAUUGAUGAGUGUCAGAUGGGAACGCACCGCUGUGGAGUGGGCCAGAUCUGUCACAACCUGCCUGGCAGCUACCGCUGUGACUGUCAGACGGGCUACCAGUAUGACGCACUCCGCAAGGCCUGCAAUGAUGUAAAUGAGUGCUGGCGCUAUCCUGGCAGGCUGUGUGCCCAGACCUGUGAAAACACCCCGGGCUCCUACCACUGCUCAUGCACAGCCGGCUUCUCCCUGGCAUUUGAUGGCAAGAACUGUGAAGAUGUUAAUGAAUGUGAGAAGAACCCCUGCAGCCAGGAGUGUGCCAACAUCUACGGCUCGUACCAGUGCUACUGUCGCCAAGGUUACUACCUGAAAGAGGAUGGACACACCUGUGAAGAUAUUGAUGAGUGCUCCCAGAGCAUUGGGAACCUCUGUGCCUUCCAGUGUGUGAAUGUAGCUGGAAGUUAUAAGUGUGCCUGUCCUCCUCAUGGAUACUCCAUGUCCACCAAUGGACACACCUGCAGAGAUAUUGAUGAAUGCACAGCUGGCACCCACAACUGUUCCCUGACACAGACCUGCUAUAACCUACAGGGAGGCUUCAGAUGUCUCUCCUUCAACUGCCCUCCCAACUACAAGAGGGUUUCUGACACUCGCUGUGAGCGGACCAGUUGUCCCGCUAACUCCUUGGACUGUCAGAACUCCCCGGUCCGCAUCACGUACUACCAGCUCAGCUUCCAGACAAACAUCAUCAUCCCCGCCCAGAUCUUCCGAAUCGGACCAUCCCCAGCCUACACCGGCGAUCGCAUCACCAUCAGCAUCAUUAAGGGCAACGAGGAGAGCUACUUCAGCACCAGGAAGCUGAACAGCUUCACAGGCGCCGUCUACCUGCAGAGACAAGUCCGCAAGCCCAAAGACUUCCUGAUCGAUGUGGAGAUGAAGCUGCUGAGGCAAGGCUCGUUCACCUCGUUCCUCACCAGGAUUUACGUCUUUAUCACAUCGAGCACCAUAUAACACCGAAGAGAAUGGACUGGAACUUUCAAAUGGUGCUACUUUUAAUGUGCAGACUCUUCUUCGUCCAAGACUCCAAAGCAUUUUUCAAGAAUCUUGAAAAUGUCGCCAAAGAGCUCAUCGCCGCUUCUGUUGUCUUUGUCCAUCGCAAUCAUUUUUUUUCCUGAGAUAACGUGUAUUUGUAUUUACCAAAGUAUAUUCAUUUGACUCUUCAGUACACAGUAUAGCAUCACGUUGUUUAGUUCAAACAGACAGGAGCAAGGUGCUGCACAGUCACAGGCCUGCUCCCUUUUAUUUAAACCCUCACAAGAGUUUCUC